AUGUCGGGUAUAAGCUGGUCUAAGUUGACGUUAAAUGAAUUAAAAGACUUGUGUAUGUCUUGCGGCUUAUCUAGUGUAAGGAAUAAGGAGGACUUGAGCGAUAGGCUCCAGGCAUAUUUCGGGAAGAAUAAAGGAAAGGCUACAGACAAGAGUGGAGUAGAGGAUGAAGAAGAUUUGGAUGACAUUAUUGAAGUACCCAGAUUUGAUGCUAAUGAAAGGGAUUGGAAUGAUGAAAGGGAUGCUGACCUUGAGGUGGAUGACGUGCGUGCAUAUUCGCAGGAAGCAGACAAUAGAAUUAAAGACGAGUUAGUAGGUCGUUCCCGAGGAAGAGAGAAGGCAGAACAAAUAACAGUUGAUAUGUUUCUGUCGGCGAUGGGUAAAAUUGAAAUGAAAAUAGAAAGAAAUUUUUCUGCUUUAUAUAGGGAAAUAGAGGAGUGUGAUUUAUUAGAUGAAACAUGGCCUAAGGUUAGUUUGUCGAAGCCAUGUGAUCAGCAUGAGUAUGAUUUCUUGGCGAAAAUCGGCAAACGUUUGGACAAAGCAAUAAAGGUAGUACCAACGGUUAUUAAAAAGGAUCUUAAUACAUUACAGAUAGUUGGGAGUAAUGACAAAAUGAUAGAAAAAUACAAGGAUCGUAUUCCAUUAUUUAGCCAAUCAGGUGCGGCCUCACGCUAUUAUAGUCAAAUAAGUCUGGUAAGUCAUAUAGGCACAAGAGAAAAAGAUAUUCCUCACCUUCGUCUGAUUCAGAAAGAGAUGAAAGUUAUAAGGGUAAAAGGAGGUAUGAUAGAAACUUUCAAUCCUUUCAUGACAAAGGAGCCUUCAGGUUCCCAGAACAUAAAGGAGUUUUUAACUGCUUCAACUGUGGAGGCAUUGGACACAUCACCUCCAGCUGCCCCUCCGCAGGUUCUAGAGCCCCUACCAAGCCAAAGAAUGGAGACUAACUACACUCAGACCCCAUUUUCAGAAGAAUGUCUAGUGUCAGGUCUGGGGAAGGCAGGAAGUCAGGUGUCAGUGGUGGGAAGGAUGCAGUCAGCAGAAGCUUUGAGUUAUUGGCAAGACAAAAUAGGGCCAUCACUGGUAGUAAUAAGUUGGUUAAAGAAUGGGGUUCUAUUGUUUUCAAGGGGGGUUCUUUUACUUGCAGCACAACAAACCCCAAAACAGUACGCAUUAUCAAGAGACCAAGAGGAAUGGGUACAAAGAGAGUUGGAUCGUUUGUUAGCAUCCUCAGCAAUAAAGGCAUUAGGAAAUCAAGUGGAGAGACCUACCGGAGUGGUGGCCAAUGUUAAUGAAUAUGACAAUAGAUAUGUUGCUCCUGCCUCCAGUCCAAGUAUCAUUUACCAAAGGGAUUUCAGGAGAAGUGGAACCAUGGAGAAACCUGAGUUGGCAGUUUGUGGCAGCAAGAACAAGGCGUGGGAUGUGUAUAGGGAUUUCUGUGAAGUUAUGGAUUUGAGGGCGCUUUCAUCUGAGGUUGAUACGUUAGUAUCCUUCAUUGUUUGGCUAGAUUUAACCCAGUCGUUUUCAGGUUGUAUGGAUGUUCUAGCAGCAGUUUCAAGGGCGCACCUAGAGGCCCAGCUUGCAGAUCCUUCCAAGGAAUAUAGAGUUAAGAGGGUUUAUAGGGCACUGUUAAAGGGUUAUAGAAAGGCUAAAGACCCGGACUGGCCACGUGAUCCUUUAACA